CUCCCGGCAGCUUGAUUGUGAACGGCAAUAAUUCAAAAGCAUGAGACAAAUCGAAAGCAAAUUGUCUGCCGGUGUUAUCACUUGCCAUAUCAGUUGGACCGGCCACCGAGGCAGUACUUGAGUUUUCGUACAACUAAAGUUGUUAGGACACGCCUCGAUUUCCUCCAGCUCAUCUCGUCAGUCGCAUUUUGUCCGGCCAGUAGAAUCGUCCUGCAGUUGGUGUUCUAAGUCAGAUUACGUGCCAUAGUGAUAACUAGAUCAGAGAAUAUGACACAGUGAGAUAGAAGAGUGCUGAAAUCCGUCAUUAGCAGAAACUCAGUGCUUUAGAUUGGGCCAGGAAAAAACUAUUCAACCGAUCAACAAUGGUGAAACAAAUAACGGAGAACCCAUACGGGCAGUUUACGACCGAGGACUACACGGUCUUCGUGUUCAUGCUGAGUGUGUCAGCUGGUAUCGGAAUCUACUUUGGGUUCUUCGAGGGCAAGAAGAACAAAACCACCGAGGAUUAUCUGUUCGGCGGUCGAAAAAUGAAAGUGUUUCCCAUUGCGGUUUCGCUUAUCGCGAGUCAACUAUCGGGAGUUUCGAUCAUGUCCGUUCCUGCUGAGAUGUACUCCUACGGGGCACAAUACUGGAUCAUUGCUCCCACGAUGUUCAUCAUCACCAUGAUCAUCAACUACAUCUUUGUUCCGGUGUUCUACAACAAUCAGAUAACAAACUGCUAUCAGUACCUGGAGGACCGCUUCAGUCCGGCGGUGAAAAAAUUCGUCACGUUUACGUACGUUCUCAACAUCUACCUGAUCAUGCCGAUCUUCAUCUUCAUCCCUUCGCUGGCCUUCGCUCAGGUGACCGGAACGAACAUCCACCUGAUCAACGGGAUCGUGUGUUGCGUGUGCAUCUUCUAUACUAUGCUCGGUGGCAUCAAGGCCGUCGUUUGGACCGACGUGGUUCAAGGUCUUAUCAUGUUCGCAUCCUGUUUCCUAGUGGUGACGGUUGGCGUUAUCAAGAUCGGCGGGUUCGGAGAAGUUUUUACACGCGCGGCAGCCGGUAAUCGGUUGGAAAUUUUCGACAUGACCUUUGACGCAACGACGCGACAAACAUUCUGGACGUCCAGUAUCGGUAACGUGUUCCUUUGGACGGGAUACUUGGGACUGAAUCAAAGCUGCGUUCAACGAAUGGUGGCAGUGCCGAGUUUACGUCAUGCACGUACCGCUCUGUGGAUUUUUUGCGUUGGCUUCAUCAUCAUUACCAGCUUGAACUGCUUCACAGGGAUUGUGAUUUUUGCCAAAUACUUCGACUGUGACCCCAUCAAGGUUAAUUUGGUUCAGAAGGCUGAUAAGUUGCUGCCGUUCUACGUACAAGAUGUGGUCGGUAAUCUUAAAGGAAUGCCUGGAGUGUUCAUCUCGUGCGUUUUCAGCGCAGGACUUAGCACCAUGUCUGCCAAUCUCAACUCGUUGGCCGGAAUCAUCUACGAGGACUAUAUUCGACCGUUCAAGCUGUUCAAGCAUACCGACGCGUCGGCCAAGAAUAGCAUGAAAGUAUUGAUCUUCAUCAGUGGCCUAUACUGCAUCGUGAUGGGAUUGGUGGUGGAACAGUUUGGUCACAUUCUACAGAUGGUGGUCACAAUUGCCAGCGUUACGCAGGGCGCUGUCAUGGGAAUCUUCUGUCUCGGAAUGCUGUGGCCUUGGGCGAACAAACACGGUGCCCUCUGGGGAUCGGCUGUCAGUGUGAUUGGAGUGUCCUGGAUCAUAACGGGAGCACAGUUUGCCAUAAAAAAUGGCGAUUUGAGUUAUCCGCCGUUGCCAACCAGCGUUGAAGGUUGCUCGGAGUAUGGCUUCAACGUGACGCAGUCUGUUUUUAAUGGACCGAUUACGGACGACCCCAGUGACGAGUUCUCGAUCUACAAGAUCUCAUUUGUGUGGUACUCGACGGUGGGGACCUUUUUGGUGUUCCUGGUGGCAAUACCGGUCAGCUAUAUGACUGGGUCGCAAGAUCUGAGCAAAAUGCAACCAAAGUUGAUCUCUCCGGUAGUUCAUUGGAUGCUUCCGAAAGAAGUGACAAAUAGCGAGUUGAUUCUAAAGACGAGUGAUGAAAAAAACGAAGAUGAUCACAUGAAGGAAUGGGUUUUCACCCCGGCGGAAGAACAGAAAAGGAAGGAACUACUCGACGUCAAUGAGCACAUUUUGUAGAUCUAUCAAUGCGUAUAAUGUAAUAACAGAGUUUAAACAACUUUCAAUUGAAAUAUAAUCAUUGUCGCUUCGUAAAAACUCUUCUACGAUGAGUUAUAGCAAAUAUUUUAAAUUGGGUUCUUUAAGGGUAUUGAGGUUAAUGCAUAUUCGUAAUCUGCAUUAAAAAUGGAACCCAAAUCCAAAAUUUCAUCAAUUUUGGUACACUGGAAAUAUUUUAAAUAAAUACGAUUACAUUAGCAAAAAUCACCUUAUUAGUGCCCCUCGGUGUC